GCCUCAUAAGAAGGAACGGCUCAAGAGAGGCACUGACUGAGGGAGUGAGUGAGAGACAGAGAGAGCAAGAGAAAGAGAGAGGUUGUGAGUGUGUGUGUGGGAGAUAGAGAGAGAGGGAGAGAGGGAGAGAGAGAGAGAAAGAGAGAGAGAGAGAGAGAGAGAGAGAGAGAGAGAGAGAGAGAGAGAGAGAGAGAGAGAGAGAGAGAGAGAGAGAGAGAGAGAGAGAGAGAGAGAGAGAGAGAGAGAGAGAGAGAGAGAGAGAGAGAGAGAGAGAGAGAGAGAGAGAGGGAGGGGGGCACAGCGAGGUGAGGGAAAAGAGAAAGUAAUGUUAGAAGCGAUGGCAGACGGAGCUGGCUGCUUCUAGACAUUUCUGCUUUUCUUAGGAGCUUUGGAAGGGACGACUACCUGUGGAGAUCAUGGGAAGCGAGAUCAUGGGAAUCCUGGAGCCCCGCAACCACUCGUCCAACGGGACGGGCCCGGAGGGCGGCUACACCGAGGUUCAGAUGGUCCUGCUGGGCAUCUUUAUGUCCCUGCUGGUCCUGGGCAUCGUCUUCGGCAACAUCCUGGUGAUCACGGCCAUCGCCCGCUUCCAGCGCCUGCAGAACGUCACCAACUGCUUCAUCACGUCGCUGGCGUGCGCCGACCUCAUCAUGGGCCUCGUCGUGGUGCCGUUCGGCGCCUGCUACAUCAUCUUCAACACGUGGCACUUUGGGAGCUUCUGGUGCGAGUUCUGGACGGCCACCGACGUGCUCUGCGUGACCGCCAGCAUCGAGACCCUGUGCGUCAUCGCACUCGACCGCUACUUGGCCAUCACCUCCCCCUUCCGCUACCAGUCCAUGCUGACCAAGUGCAAGGCCCGCAUCGUGGUGCUGCUCGUGUGGGUGAUAGCCGCCCUCAUCUCCUAUCUGCCCAUCCACAUGAAGUGGUGGGUGGAGAACAGCGACGUGGCCCGGGACUGCAUGAACAAAAGCAGCUGCUGCGACUUUAACACCAACACGGGCUACGCCAUCACCUCGUCCAUCGUCUCCUUCUACAUCCCCCUCUUCAUCAUGCUGUUCGUGUACAGCCGCGUCUUCCAGGAGGCCAAGCGGCAACUGAGGAAGAUCGACCAGAGCAUGGGUCGCUUCCAGAACAUGAGGAACAGCGACGCCGCCUCGCUGGAGAUCAACGUGGGCCGUGGCGGCAAGAAGACCAAGUUCUGCCUGAGGGACCAUAAGGCUUUGAAGACUCUGGGCAUCAUCAUGGGGAUCUUCACGCUGAGCUGGCUGCCCUUCUUCCUCCUCAACGUGGUGGGGGCCAUCUGGAAGGUGGACAACAUCGACCAAACGUUCAAGGUGCUCAACUGGAUCGGCUACGCAAACUCGGCGUUCAACCCGCUCAUAUAUUGCCGCAGCCCCGAGUUCCGGUACGCCUUCCAGGAGCUCCUCUGCAUGAAGAGCCGUUUCGCCCAACUGUCGAGCAAAGGUGGAUAUAUCUACACCGGACACAGCUGGCAGAGUGAGCAGCCCCCCCGGAACAAGGGUAGCUCGGAGGAGAACAGCGAUCCCGGGGACAGGAGCUCUGAGAAGGCAGAGGGGGUCUGCGAUGACCCUGGGAAAGGGACGGACCCCAACGGGAAUUGUGAGACAAACUCCCCCUCUGUCUUUUAACCCCCCGUGAUCUCAUGAGGACCUCACACGGAAGUUUACACUUUAGCCAUAUUUUAUUAUUUUUUCUUUCGAAUUGUCUGGUGAAGGUAAGACCGGUCAACUUGGUUGACAGUGUUAUCCCCUGGAGACUGGUCCAAGGAAAUGGUUGUUUGAGAUAUUUCCAGACGUAUGGGUGGAGUGUCAUUGGUUUAGGACACCAAAGAAUACAAUUGAGAUAGCUGGGACAGGGUUUUUUGAAAAACAAUGUUGAUUUUCCAUCUACCUCACUUUUCCUUUCUUUUCUCUUGCAUUCUUUUGUUGCACAGACAUACUUUACAUGGUCUCUAGCGUAGUGUUAGACUAGCACAGUGCCUUGGCAGUUUAUUGACAUUAAGUUGUUUUAUGCAUUCUAUAAAUCCUGAAAAAGCUGGCUCAAUUGGGAUCUGUAGACAUUCCUUUUAUCUCCCUUGGUGUUCGUGGCCAAACACACGUUAGAGGUGCAGUUUGUAGGAUUUAGUGGCAUCUAGCAGAAAGGAUUUUGGCAACAAUGGAAUAUAAUGUUCAAAAGUAAGAUUUAAUAAGUGUAGAAUCCAAUAAAAUUAAGAAUUGUGUAUUCAUUACCUUAAAAGUAGCCCUUUUUAUCUACAUUGGGAGCAAUAUUUCCUGCGUGGCAAUCUGCAACCUCACUGCUAGAAGUUCCUAUACACUGUACCUUUAACGUGUGAACCUUUUCCUUUCUAAGAGCAACAAAUACUAUCAUGAAUCAAUCGAUAAUAAUGCAUUAUUUAAAUUAUCAGCAUUGUUGAAUGCUCCUCACGGUGGGGCCUGGUAUCAUGAGGAGGACAUUGAGUUAGCCAUUUAGCGUUAGCACCACAUUGUGGAGUAAUUCCGUGCAAGGUCUCACUGACGUUUCUGUUUUUUUCUUUUACUUGUAGAUAUACAUUCCACAACUUCCUUCAAUUCAACAAUUUACCUUAUACAUGAAGAGCAAUGUCUGGCCGAGAGCCAGACAUUGCUCUCUUUCAAAAGCCCCCCCCCCCCCCCCCCCACACACACACACUUAUUACAAGCAUGCAUUGCCCACAGACACACACACACUCACAUUCACAAAUGGCAAAGGCCUCAGAAAUGACCAGAGUGCUGGCUGUGUAUGCUAAUGUUUAACAGCAUGUUGCAGAAGGGAGGUUUCUGAGACCAACAGAUAGCACUGAAGAUUGGGGCAUUCUCCAAAGCCUUAUCAGUGUCUGCAUGCUAAACACACACACACACACACGCGCACACACACACACACGCUGAGCAUGAGCAACAAGUAUGCCAUCGGCACCACUUUUCGACAGGAGUUUUAAUAAAAUAAUCAUAAUGAUCAUCAUGAAUCUAAUAGAUUUAACUCCUGUCCCAGUAGGAACUGCGUGUGAGUGCGGUGUGCUGGGUCGUUUCUCUUUGCCACUUAAAGUGUGUGGCUUUUUAUAGAUACAGCAAUGCUCCACUUUCGAAUCGUAUAGUCCCAUCUAUCACAUCUGCACUUAAACGUCCCAGUUGUUAGGGGAAGGGGCAUUUAAUAGUAAUUUAUUUGACACUGAUAUUGUUGUGCCUUGGAGAAACCCAUGAGUAUAAUUUAGUACUUUAAGUGCUUACCAACUUCACAUUUUCAUUUUACUACCACUGCUACUUUUUCUACUGGGAGAUACAUAAAAAAGGCAACCUUUUGCCCCCCUAAGCCUAAGCCCGGUUGUGUCACGUAAGUGUUUGUUGAUUGGAGGAUCUGGUUGCUGUGCUGUUUACCUUCCACUCUGUUUACAAAACCAGAAGCCAUUUCCUUCGUCAUGGUACAAUCUCCCGCACACACAACAACAAUAAACAGCGCUUAGAAAUAGCUGAGGCUGAUAGCGGGUAGAUCUGCGGGUUCCAGAGGGGUGGAGGUGGCGAGUGGUCUACCCAGCAGGCCCCCGUUGAGAUGCAAGGACGGCUUGGCAGUUUAUUUUCCCCGAAGUGCUCCCAACUGCUCGCUCACUGAUGUUUCCCAGAGUCCCCUUCCCCCCAUUCGCCCCCUACCCCCCGUCCCCGUCCCCCGUCCCCCCCCCGUCCCGUCCCGUUCCCCAUCCCCCCUUCCGCAACAACACCACCACUACCACUCCCACUCCCGCCCCCCAAAUGUAAACGGAUAUCCAGAACUUCGGGAAGUGUACCUUGCACUGAGUCUCGGAGGGAACUGCGAGACCGCUCCCGUGCUUUUCCAGCUGUGUCUGUCAGUUUCCCUUCCUCUGCUGUAAAAAACUGAAACCCCUCCCUUCCCAUUCUCUCUCUCCCCCCCCCCCCCCCCCUCUCUCUCUCUCUCUCGUUCACUAUCUCUCUCUCUCUCUCUCUCUCUCUCUCUCUCUCUCUCUCUCUCUCUCUCUCACUCUCUCUCUCUCUCUCUUGUUCUUUUUCUCUCUCUAUCUUUAUCUCUCUCUCUCUUGCGCUCUCUCUUGUUUCUGUCUAUGCUCUCUCGCUCUUUUCCCCUGUGUCAUCUGAAGUCCUCAUGAACUGCCUCGAGCCAGCCCAGCCCUUAGCCCAGUCAGCACCAGCCAACUCGUGAUGAUCUCCUCACCUCAGUGGAAGACUCGGAUGACAACAAUCUGUUGCCCUCCAUGCAUUGCAAUCUGUGAUCUUGCCACAGACAGAAGGCACACACGCACACACACACACACACAUAUGCAUGCACACAUAUGCACGCACACACACGCACGCACACAUUUAUCACAUGUUGUGAUAAGGCACGCAGCAUGCUAAAUUCUGUGAACCUGGGGUGGGGGGGGUGCAGGGAGCCACCAGACAGUCUCAACCCCCUUUAGUGACCUUUGAUAUGUAUAUAUCUAAAUAUCUUCAGGCUGUUUCUAUAGAGAUAUAUGUUGCAUGUGGCAUUGCCUGGUACCCUCAGAUGACAGGGGGAAAUGCUGUGAACUUUGUUCCUGUGAGGCGCUCUCUCUCACUCUAUCUCUCUCCCUGUACUGUAUCCCGGGCUCUGCUUGGCACCGUGGCCACAGACCCAGUCAAUAGACGUAAGCACAGCGUCAUCCUGCGUCAGCCACGGCCACUCGGAAAGUAGGGAAAAAGAAAAACACAAGCGCCUCAAUACGUUUGUGUAUUCAAUAUUAGUUUUUAGUUCUCUUCCCUUUUCACUCCAAUUAAAGUUAAUGUUGUUGUUGUUGUGGUUGUUGUUGUUGUUGUGGUUGUUGUUGUUGUGGUUGCUGUUGUUGUUGUUGCUGUUGUUGCUGUUGUUGUUGUUGCGCUGUACGGCCAAAUUGAAUGUCAUAAUUUAUUUUUUGUUCCUGUCUGUAUUUUCCAAUGUGCAGAAAAUUAGCACGACUAGUCCUGUCGAACCAGAAAUAAGGACUCAUGAUUACUGUUGAAGUCAUACUUUACUGUUGCAAUAUCAUCAGAUAUUGGUGAAGCUAAAUAUUUCUAGAUGUUACCACCGAUGUUUUUCUCUCUUUGUGUAUUGGUGGUGUGUUUCCGGGCCUUCUGUUGUACUAUUCCUCGCAAAAAAGUUUCAUGACAUUAAUUUAACUCCAAAGCCAAACGGGUUUGGGGCUAAUUCCGCCCUGUUCCCUCCUGGCUGUGGCCCCUUCUUGCACCUUGUACAUGUCAUGUGGCAGUUACCAUCCCCAUGAUGACUGCUCAAUGGCCCGGAGGCACACACAAUGGAUUUUCCCCCUGCGAUGAAGCUCUUCAUGAAGUUAUAACCCAGUGGGCACGGCCCCAGACACAUUCCAAGACCCAGCUCGAGCUGUUGAAGGACUAGCCGGUACUAAUGAGAUUACUCCGGAGAACGUAGCUUACAUGGGGACGGUAUGAGCUGCAGAACCAACUGAUUCACCUGUUUGCAUUGGCUUUAUUUGGAUUGUGCCCGUAUAAAUGUAUGGAUACGGUGUAUUUAUUGCCAGGGUAUAUUUGUUUCCAAAUGGAUGAUUAGUCGUUGUUAAUUUAAAUUGGAGGUGUGGAGAUGGAAAGUCAUCAUAAUGUUCAUGAAUGCAGUGGUUUUGGAAAAUAUGUCCUGAUCAUUGUAUGCAAUUAAAAAUUGUUGAUGACCAUUAUUUGAAAAGUUACACUGCAUGUAAACGGACGUGCUAUGAAGGUGAACUAAUGCUCCAGUAGAUUUGUUUAAAAAAAAUAACCUACCAGUGUGUGAACACGCUUUUUAGGACUAGUCAUAGGUAAAACGCUGUCAAACUAAUUGUUUACUAUCUUUUCAAGCUCUGUUCGCACAAGUUUCGUCAUUGUUGUCGCCAAGCCGAUGAUGUGUGUUACAGUGUGUGUGGUGUCAUGUGGUAUUUAUACAAUGCAAAUGUUCGGCAUUUGUCGUGGAAUAAUAAAUUAUUUACUUGUUGCAUGGAA